AGGCAUUAUUCAGGGCAGCCAAGUUUCCGGAAGAGCAACUGGUGCGAGUUUAAUGGACAAGGAAGAGAUAUUUGUUUAGGUUUCGUCUGGAAAACACGCAUACGUUUCUUUCGUCAAGUAGUCUGGCUCCUUUCAAAUCGUUAGAAUGCCUUUGUUCGCCCAAAAUCCAUUUGACCAAGAUGUUGAGAAGGCAACCAAUGAAACCAACACAACAGAUGACUGGGGCCUCAUUAUGGACAUCUGUGAUAAGGUUGGAACGACAACCAAUGGACCAAAGGACAGCUUGAGAUCCAUUAUGAAGAGAGUCAACCACAAAGUGCCUCAUGUUGCCAUGCAGGCCCUCAAUUUGCUUGGUGCAUGUGUGUCAAACUGUGGCAAAAUAUUCCACUUGGAAAUCUGUUCAAGGGAGUUUGCCAGUGAAGUACGGAGUGUGCUGAGCAGGGCCCACCCUAAGGUGUGUGAGAAGCUAAAGGCUCUGAUGGUGGAGUGGGCAGAAGAAUUCCAGAAGGAUCCGCAACUCAGCCUGAUCAGCGCCACCAUCAAGUCUUUGAAAGAGGACGGCAUCAGCUUCCCCUCUGCAUCUUCACAGGGCUCCACCGUAAAGGUCAACACACCUGCUGCGAGUAAAGCAUCAGAUGAUGACAACCUGGCCAAAGCCAUCGAGCUGUCCCUACAGGAGCAGAAGCAGCAGGCGGAGACACGACCCCUGACCGUUACCUCCGACCCCCCGAGCUACACCAACGGUGGCGGGGGCCAGGAGGUCCGGAAGGUGCGUGCGCUGUACGACUUCGAGGCUGCUGAGGACAAUGAGCUGACCUUCAAAACUGGAGAACUUAUCCUGGUUUUGGAUGACAGUGAUCCAAACUGGUGGAAAGGAGAGAACCACAGAGGAGUGGGGCUUUUCCCCUCCAACUUUGUCACAACCAAUCUGAAUGCUGAGCCAGAACCAGUGGCUUAUGUUGAAAAGACAACCAGUCCUGAAGAGACGGCCAUAGAAACCAAAGUUGAGCCUGAGCCUAUCUUCAUCGACGAGGGGAAGAUGGACAGAACACUGGCACUGCUGCAGAAUGCAGAUCCUGCAGAUCCGGCUCCUGACUCCCCAGAGCUGAUCCAGCUGGAGGGUGCUUGUGAACAGAUGAACCCAAUGAUUGAUGAGAAGCUGCAGGAGAUUGACAGGAAACACUCAGAGUUGUCGGAGUUGAAUGUUAAAGUUCUUGAGGCCCUGGAGCUUUACAACAAGCUCAUGAACGAGGCUCCCUUCUACUCAGCCUACUCCAAGAUGCAGCAGCAGUACGCAGCAGCCGGCUCAGCUGUACCCAUGCAGGGCUACCUCGGCCCAGCCGGCGCUCCUUACAUGCCCGCAGCAAUGCCGCAGGUUCCUUCGGCUCAGCCCUAUACUAUGCCCAACGACCCGCCUGCAUCUCUGCACUCAGUGCCACCCAACGUCUCAGCCCCACCCAGCAGCCAGGCUGCUCAGCCACCCUACAUGAGCAGUGGUAUGAACGCUCAGUACAUGAACCAAGCUGCAGGAGCUCAUUACCCACCCCAGGCGGGCGUGGCAAUGGACAUGUCGACCUAUCACAACUCCAGCAUGCCACCUGUAUCCUAUCCCGUGGCUGCUCCCCCUCACCAGGCUCCUCAGCAGCAGCAGGCAGCGUACUAUCAACAGCCCUUGCUGUAAAACUCCAACUGACAGCAGACCUGAGAUGAAUACACCCUUCAGAUAUUUCCCUUUCCAGUGGUGUGUUCAUGUGGCCUACGUUUGUGCGAGUGUUUUUGUUUGUGUGGCAUUGCUUUGGGGGACAUUCCUUGAGACAGUUUUUGUGCCUGAUGAGCUGAAUCGAACACACCCCCCCGGAGGGUUGAAAUAACUGAGGUGUGUAUGUAGCGCAGGACUGUUGUUCAUCUGAAUCAGGACUCUGCAUGGCCUCGGCUACUAUACAUGGGGCUAAACAUGGCGUCAGGAAAUCGCUCCUGUCCUCACGUCUUUUCUCCUGGCAGUGAGCUGGUCUUCACAGACGCCACAGGUCAACACACAUGAAGGGUUGUUCACCAAUGCAGGGCCAUGCAAAGACAAGUCUCUUUCAGAAGAAAUUAGCAUACAACAACACCAUGCUACUCCUAUAUUUUUGAAUUGACCCCCCCCCCCCCUCACAGAAUUCAUGCACAUCUUGGUGGUAACAGAGGGUCAGGCCAUGUCCUCAUUAAUGUAGAUACAUGUGAAAAAAUGCUUUCUUUACUCUCCCUGGUGGCCUUUAUCCACACAAUCUUGUCUACACCGGCCAUGUAGCAAAAGGCAGCACGUCACCUGUCUACACUGGAGACCUUCAGCCGCAGCACUGUUGUGCACUAGAAGGGUUUGGCAGCAUAUUUAACAUUAAAAAAAAGACCAGUGUCAUAAUUUUCACACAGGAAUAAAGUGGAAAUAAAAUAGCUGCAUGUAAAAAAAGCAGUUGAAACGUUAGCCUGUGCACAGCUGGUUCAGACAGCUGUAUUGAUCAAAAAGUGAAGCAUCUGUUCUGUCAGGUGUUCGUGAGACUGAUAAGUGAAAAACAUGCAAGCUGAAAACAAAUCCAGUAAAACAAGUACAUUAAAUUCCAGACUCACGUUGUGGUUCAUUCUUGAUGGACUUGCGUGAUAAACUAGUGUGCCAGCUAGUGUAGACUGAACCCCACUUAACCCCUCGGUGGCAUUUUCACAUCUAUCUGCAUUAUUGUGAACAUGGCACAAAUGUUUUGUUUUCCUUUUUUAGUUUUUAAUUGCCGUCUUGUUUUUAAGUCUGUCGGUGAAUCUUGUUGUGAGCGCUCAUGUUUCUGCAUGGCCUGCACUUAUUCAGUGUGUGGGUGCUCGCUUCAGGACAAAGUGUGCAGUUCUCUCAAAGGCAGGAGCUCUCUCUCUCUCUCUCUCUCUCUCUCUCUCUCUCUCUCUCUCUCUCUCUCUCUCUCUCUCUCUCUCUCUCUCUCUCUCUCUCUCUCUCUCUCUCUCUCUCUCUCUCUCUCUCUCUCUCUCUCUCUCUCUCUCUCUCUCUCUCACCAGCAUCCAUCACUGUAGUUGAUCGAUGUUUUGAGCAGAACUCCUGAAGUACAAACUAUAUUUUCAACUAUCAAUUAUGUAUGUUAACAGUUCUAUUUGUGUAAUGGUUCCAAGACAACGUUCCCAUACACUCACUGCCUUGUAAUGCAUUCUGUGGUUGCAUUUGAGAUAUUUAAGAUGACGUCUUUGUGUGUUUGUGUGUAUGUGUGCACAUAUUUGUUUUCUGCAUACGUAUGUGUGUCUUGCAUACGUAUGUGUUCGAGGGCUUGUCCACAAUAGGUUCUUCAUCAAUGUAAAAUGACAUUGAUUUUCAUGGAUCAUCAGAUUUUAGGGUGAACUGAGAAAUGGUUAGCUGCACCUGUUUGUGUGUUUAUUAAUCUGCUGAAACACUGCGUCUGUUCAUGACUAUUACGUCUGUACCUUCCUGCCUCUCGUCUCCGUGUGUGCUAACAAACCUGUUAGAGUUCAUGUUUUAUGCAAAUGCACGAUGUUAAAUUUCAAAAUUGUCAAUGACAUUGCCUGUACUUUGAUUUAUAUAUAUUGAGACAUUAUACAUGUAUAAUUUACAUGGUUGGAGAAUGUGUAAUUAUUCUUACUUUGCUUCUGCUUUUGACUUUCAUUGUUCAGGCAAAAUAUAAGUGGAACAAAAUUUCAAAGACGAUAAGAAUCAUAGUUGCUGCUUGUACGAAGAGAGGGAAGUGAAACAUCAUGUUUUACUCUUCAGUUUUAAUAUACAAAGGAGCAGCUCUAAUAGAAUCCACAGUCCUGUUGCAGUAGCUUCAUAGUUAAAAUUUUAGCCACAGCUGUUCCUUUACCGGCCUCAUAUGAAAGCCGUUGUAUAUUAGUUGUAAAAUACCUGGUUUUGUCAGUGACAUUGACAUUGCACCUUAGCUUUGUAAACAUGUAUUUACCACUGGAUGCCUUGUUUUUCUGUAGGAAUCAAAGAAUGACACGGACGCAACUUUGGCGAGUAACUUCAGUCUCAGUAUCCGCUGGAUAUGUAUAAUUCUGUAAAAAUAUUCCAGGAGAAGUUCCUUUAUCCAGGAUUUUAAAACUGCUUUUGUAACAGAGCAAACUAUAAUAUUCUUUGAAAUAAAAAAAAAACAUUGACCUGU